GUAACUGGCUCUCGCGUAUAGGGUUUUCGCCGCACAGUUCAAAAAAUAGUCUUUCUUCUUUCUAUGUAAGUUUGCUACUGUCCCUUUUACGAUGGCGGCAUUUUACUCGAUCAGCUGAUCUCCUUGACCUCGUUUGCCCUUAAGUUGACCGUAGAUAAACUAUUUCCUAAUUGGCCCUAAUGUUGGAGAUCUAGCUGUCUCGUAUUUUCGUCCUUGUCUGUAUCUGUAUAGCGCCAUCUGAGGGAUUUAUUGCGACUUAUUCGAGCUAUUAUCAAGAUACCUCGAUAUAUGUCAACAUUCGCCUGACAGAUCUCGCACGAGGUCGAUAUCGUGCCAACACUAGAAUCGAUCUCUAGACGGGGAUGGCAGCGGGUCAUGCAUUUAACAGCUGUAUUACGGAACCGGUCUAGCUACAUGGCAACUUAGAUCGGGUAUAAACCAACCGCCUAUGAAGCAUUACAUCUAGCGCUUGCCAUGAAUCCUCAUAAACGCAACAAUUAAACGAAUCAAAUUUCCCAAAAUUAUAUCACACCGUUCCCUCCAGCAAUAAAGGAAGCCAAAAAACUAAAUUUUUGGAUACAAUGUUCAUGAAUAUCGGCUUAUCGGUGGUGUAGCACAUUGAACCAUACAGACUGAAUACAUAAUGAAUGGUUUGCACCCCAAAGUUCACCCGUUUUCAAGAGCGCCACACCACACAUAAAUAAUAUUUUGUAGCACGAAGCUAAAAAUGCAUCCAAAAGUGACUCUAGCUGUGGUUAUUGCUACCGAUAAAACAUUAUUCAGGACAGUCUGCAUGUCUGCGAUGGAAGCUUUUCGUUUCUCCUAACGAGAAAUUACUGGAAAGAAUGUUCAAACGUGCCACUUUGUUGCCUCACUAGAGAGUGAACUUACGGCCAGUCGUUAACUGAGGGUUGUGCUCGUUGGAUCGUCCUGUAUUUAGUUUAGUGUCUUCGACCAAUACGCGUGUGCCAUUUCUCUCUCUCUCGCCCUGAUCUGCUUCAUAAAAAUGGUGUUACCAGAUUUCAGUGCUAAUCGUCCAUCGACGAUGGAAGGGCUUUUGAAGGAUGAGAAUCUGUUCAGCCCCCUUCCAAAGCACGGACCAUUAGCACCCUAUCGCCGUGCGGCCACGAUCGACUGGCGCAAGAUGCGCCUUACCUUUACCGAUCAGCACGAGCUGGAGCUGCAGCACCGGCUGUAUCGCUUGUUUCGCACCAGCGAACCCUUCAUACGGGGCCGCACCGUUCGCGACCAAUCGACGGACGAGCGACGCCGUUUAGCCAUGGUACAGCUGCACCACCUCCAGCGCGCACGUCUAUUCCACUACGAAACGUUCAUCGAGCGGCCCGCUCUUGCGUCCAUCUAUUACGCAACGAUCGCCGAGUACGACAUGGCGCUGCUGGUGCGCCUAACCGUCAACUAUCUCUUGUUUAACGGCGCCAUACGCAUGUUCGACGAGCCUGGCGGACGGUUAGCGCACGUGAUCGAGCAGGCGGAGGCCGGCCACAUUGCCGGUUCGUUCGCCCUGACCGAGGUAGGCCACGGGACGAACGCACGGGCCAUACGAACACGCGCGACCUACGACCCGGCGCACCGGGAGUUCGUGCUCGAGACGCCCGAUUUCGAAGCCGCCAAGUGCUGGGCGGGCAAUUUAGCCAAAAGCUGCACGGACAUGAUCGUGUGGGCCCAGCUGUACACGGCGGAUGGCGCGUGCCACGGGGUCAGUGCGUUUGUGGUGCCGAUCCGCGACCGCUACACGCUGCAACCGCUGCCCGGUCUGUUGGUGGGCGAUUUGGGUGAGAAAGCGGGCCUGAACGGGGUCGACAAUGGGUUUGUGCUGUUCCGGGGGUAUCGCAUUCCGCGCGAAAAUCUGCUAGCGCGGUUCGGUGAUGUGAAUGAGGUGACGGGUAUGUUUGAAUCGACCGCUAAGAGCGCCACCGAACGGUUCGCCCUUUCGAUGGGUCCGCUCGUGAUUGGGCGGAUUAACAUCUGUACCGUGUCGCAGACUCUGCUUGCCAAAGCGCUCACGAUCGGCAUACGGUACUCGGCCGUGCGGUGUCAGUUCGGACCGACGGGCGACGACCGGGAGCUACCGAUACUGGAGUACCAGUCGCAGCAGUACCGGCUGCUGCCCCAUCUGGCCACCUGCGUGGCGCUGAAGCUGUUCCAUCGCUGGUUCGCACGCGUGUCGGGCGAUGCGCAGGUGCGCAUGCUGCGAGCCGCACCGAUCGAGAGCGAACUGCUGCUCGAGGUGCACAUUGUUGCGUCCGCCGUCAAGCCGAUCUGCAGCUGGGCGGCCCGGGACGGCAUACAGGAUGCGCGGGAAGCGUGUGGUGGCCACGGGUAUCUUCGGCUGGCCGGGCUGGCCGAUUUGCGUGUAGACAACGACGCAAACAUCACGUACGAGGGCGAAAACAAUGUGCUGCUGCAGCAGGUCUCGCAGCAGCUGGUCGGCAUACGCAGCAAGGGCGAGUACGGUGCAUUCGCGCUGAUGUCUCCGCUUGGUUCGAUGACGUUUUUGGCUGAGUACGAGCGGAUAAUGCAGCAGCGACUCGAGCGCAUUACGGUGGAGCAGAUUGAGGAUCCGAAAGUUAUACUGAACGUACUGAGUUGGAUGACGGCCUACACACUAGAAGGCACCUACCGACGAGCGGAGGGACUUCUUAAGCGGGGCGACAGCAAAUUCGACGUCCGCAACGAUACGCAGAUUUUCUACGCUAAAGAUCUUGCCAUCGUUUUUGGAGAGCGCAUAAUAUUCAACGCAUUCUGUACCUUCCUCGACACGAUGGAGCAAGGACCGGAACGAAACUAUCUCACGCGUUUGGCCCAACUGUACGGCGCGACACUGUUACUAAAGCAUAUGGCCACCCUUCAAAGUGCUGGCUACCUCACGGUCGACGCUUUACCAUUGGUCCAGGAAUCGAUACUACGUCUGCUGCCCAUCGUUAAGCAGGACGCGGUAGCCAUGAUCGAUUCGCUGGCACCGCCCGACUUUGUGCUCAAUUCACCGCUCGGUGCUGCCGACGGGAACGUUUACGCACGCAUGGAGUCGGUGCUGAUGGCGGGCCAGGAUGUGACCGGGCGUGCCACCUGGUGGCACGAAAUAUUAACACACACUUCGGCCAAACUGUAAAGCGAAUACAAUUCGCUGGAAACAUGAUGAAAAGUACAUCCAAAGCAACAGUUUUCAUAGAAGGAACAAAAUAAAGACAAUCGCGCUGUUUUUCAUAUUCCUUACUGAUUAUUUUGGUUAUUUUUUUCUGUCCAAAAGUAUGGUCAAUGGAGUGAAUGGAAUUUAAAGUAGAUAUCGGUAAAAUUGACAAAAAUCUGAAAUCGACUCCAGAAGGUAGGUCCGCCCAGCAUUAUCUGGAGUCACUCGGAAUCGUCUGGAAUCGCCCGGAGUUGUCCGGAGCUGUUCGGAAUCGAGCCGUUCGGAAUUGGAGUCGUCCGGAGUUAUCCAGAGUCGUCCGAAGUCACCCGGAGUCGUUCGGAGUCAACAGGAGCCUCCGGACUACUCCGACUCCAAACGACUCCGGACGACUCCGGACGACUCUGGACGACUACCAACGCCUCCAGACGACUCCGGACGACUGUGGACGACUGUGGACGACUCCUACUCCGAACGCCCCGAACGACUCCGAACGACUCCGGAUGAUUCCGGAUGACUCGGAUGACUGCGGAUGACUGUGGAUGACUAUGGAUGACUCCGGAUGACUCCGGAUGACUCCGGAUGACUGUGGAUGACUGUGGAUGACUCCGGAUGACUCCGGAUGACUCCGGAUGACUGCGGAAGGCUCCGGACGACUCCGGAGGUCUGUGGACGACUGUGGACGACUCCGGAUGACUCCGGAUGACUCCAGAUAACUCUGGAUGACUAUAGAUACUCCGGAUGACUCCGGAUGAUUCCGAAUGUCUC